AUGUCAGGACUGAAGACCAAGGAGAGUCUGUCCCCUAUGCACAUACUGGUGUUGGUACUGUGCUGUUUUGCCAUCAUAGUGGCCCUUGUUGUCUCUGUGAUGAUCCUAAAAGACAUCAGAGACAUAGGCCCAUGUGCACUGAAGAUGCACUAUAGUUUGGUCCUUCUUCCCAGUGCCACCAUGUUUACAGCAUUUGUGCUAUGGGGAGUUAUUGAAGGAUUCCUGAGUGAGGUGGUGACCUGCUCAACUCUCAACCUGAUUCGCUUCAUCUUACUGUUCAAGAUCAGCCUCUAUCAUGAAAAGCUCCCAGGUUUGAGAGUGACACAUGAAAAAUGA